AUGCAAGCCAAUAAUUCCAAGUGUGCUUCUUUCUCGGUAAAGACAGAUACACAUGGUCACUUACGUGACGAUCAAGUGGGAUUUAUGCUAGAAGGUGACAUCAUUACGUCGCUAAAGAUUUCGGAAGGCUCCAAGUUCCUUGUGAUGGGUGACGGCUUUAAUCAUGCCAAGCACCGUGGCUUGAUGGGACCUGUUUUGAAAGACAUGAGGCGCAUGAUGGCAGCGAUUUUGAGUUCAUCACUGGAUCCUUGGAAAAAGACGAAGGCCAUCAAGACUUAUGUUUACCCCAAAGUCGACUAUCUGUUGCGACACGUACGAGCCUACAAGACCCAGCUGGACAGUGUGGACUCAGCCUUGGCACGUGGUUUACGCCAUCUUCUGAAGCUCAACCAGUCCAGCACGACUGAUACGUUUCACGCUCCGGUUGCCGCCGGUGGUUUGGGUUUCAUCCAACUCGUCGAACUUCGGGCUGUGCUCCAGAUAAGCCAUGCCUGGCAGAUGCUGCACUCCUCCGAUGUGCCUAUUUGUGAGAUUGCUCAAGAGCAAGUGUGGCAGGCAAUCCAGAAGCGAUUCAUCAUGGACCCGGACCAUUGGCGUGGACGUAUACCUACGGCUAUACAACUUUUCCUGAAUGGCGAUCUCGAUUCUUCACCAUUUGCCCGCCAGAAGCGCAAGUCGGGGGAUAUUGGUUCGUUGUGGGUGGACUUCAAGAACCAUCUGGCUGCCUGUAAAUUGAAGCUGACGACCAAACCGAUAAAGACGGAAGAUCGGACAGAGACGGAAGAUGGGACCGAGACGGAAAUUAUGUUACAGCUCAAGUUGCCACAUCGCUUGCAGCCACUACAACAUAACGACAUCACCCGCCAGCUUCGCAGCCAUUCAAAUUAA